AUGAAUGUCUGUGUAGAACUUCGUGGUACAUUCGAUCUAUUCGCAUUGACAUUUCAUGUAUUCGACUUAUGGUGUAAAUCGUCAUCUUCAUGUGCCAGUAAUGAUGAUAAUGAUGGCGGUUCACACACAGAAUUGUGUAUUCUACUGCAUUCAUUAAAUGAUUUAGUUUCUAAUUUUACAUCAGUUAUUCCAAAACUGCCACCUUCAGAGACGAAAUCGUUGAAGAUGAUGAGUGAAACAACCGUGAAUAGAAAUAAUAAUGACAACAUCAACGAAGAUAACAAGACCACCGAGUCCUCAUUAAAACUAAAUCAAUCUACUGUGACACCUUCGGAGACGAUGACGAAUCAACCGAAAAGAAGAUCAGAAGUGACAGAGGAGUCGAUCGUGGAACUCAGUAAUAGUAAUAAUGAUAGUAAGACGAUGCAUUUGCAGAUGAAUGAUGACAACAAGGACAAAGUUCACACUUCUGAGUCUUUGGUAACAACAACCCAACCCUCUUCAAUGCAGGAGGAGAAGAAGAAGAAAAAGAGGAAGUCGAAGAUGAAGGAGGUCUCAACAGUGAAUAGUCAAGAUAAUAAAAACAAUAAUAAUAGGGAUGAUGAUAAUUACAUGGACAACAGCACUAUGGAAUCUUCAUUAAGACACUAUCAAUUUGUCGAAUAUACUAGACAAUUAGUUAUAUGCUUAUUAGAUCAAUUGACGAGACGUUUACGAACAGCGAAAACUGAAAUUCCAGCCACAUUUCACAUUGAAACGACUACAUUGAAUCCGUUGUUCAAUGUUUCAUUGCAAUUCGACCAACUUAAACAAACAAUUUUAUCAAUUAGACAAGCUUUAGAUCAAACAUGAAUCAAACACGUCUCUCGACAAUAUAAAAUAUGUACAUAUUGUUUAUUUUUCUAUUUAAAAGAUUUCAUAAAUUAAAAAAGAA